UGCAGGUCGUGCAGCAGCAAACAAUCGGCACAUCACUUGGCGGCCGCAGCGCGGUCCUCGACGCGCACCGUCCGCGGACGUCCCUUGAGCAUUGGAGCAGUCUCCGCCCGGGUGCGCAGAGACGACGCGCCAGCGUGCGACGCGGAUUCGACGCGGUGACAAGUGACUUUUCCUUUGGCAUUUGAAGACCAGGCAUCAUGACGACAGCCUGAAGAUGUCAUCUCAAGGCUUGUUCGCAGAGCUCAAUUUGUGAGGCUUAGCCAAUGCGCGCCGUCAUGCUCACAUCUAUUUGGCAAGCCAGCCGGGGGGCUCUCAUCAAUUCUCCGUCGCCCGCUCCAAUCUCUCAACAGAUGCAGUCCUUGGUCGAAAGCGCGCGAUCACGAGAAUGCAGUGUCACAGUGAACACAGAUGUGGUAUCGAUUGAUCGUGACGAGCCAAGUGAUCCUAUCCGUGGGGUCUUGGAACGCCGAGGCAUCGGUCAUGAUUGCAGCAAAACGGCGCCUUUCACCGUCACCAUCUUCCCCACGCCGACUUGCCGGAUAUCUUCCAUGGCAGCAACCCUAGUCGGCUCGAAGAAACAUUACGAUAUGACAGCGUUUGUGAACGCUAUGAUAAAAUGCAAUAGCCGCGAAAAUCGAAGCUUGCGCUCUGGCAAAUACCGCGACCUCUGA